CUGGGCUCGGGCGGUGAGAGCGGCGCAGCGCUAGCUGCUGGCUGGCUUCGCUGAGACGCCGAGCGGACGCGGCCGGCGCCGGCUUGUGGGCUCGCCGCCUGCAGCUAUGACCCCUGCAGCCUUUCCCUCGGUCUCGGCCCGGGGCGUCUGAUAUCCCAAACAGUCGCGCGCAGCUGCCGGAGAGCCGACCGCUGCCCCCUCGUCGCCGUAUCGCACUCCCUUCCCGGGAGCUGGGAGCAGCGCGGGCAGCCGGCGCCCCCGUGCAAACUGGGGGUGUCUGCCGGAGCAGCCCCCGCCGCCGCCACUGCUGCCCCAGACGCUGGCCAUGGCCUGGCGGGAAGCAGGGCCGAGCGUCCCGGGGGCCCCCGGGGGCGUCGGGCUCAGUCUGGGGUGGCUGCUGCAGUUGCUGCUGCUGGUGGGGCCGGCGCGGGGCUUCGGAGACGAGGAGGAACGGCGCUGCGACCCCAUCCGCAUCUCCAUGUGCCAGAACCUCGGCUACAACGUGACCAAGAUGCCCAACCUGGUGGGGCACGAGCUGCAGACAGACGCCGAGCUGCAGCUGACAACUUUCACACCGCUCAUCCAGUACGGCUGCUCCAGCCAGCUGCAGUUCUUCCUUUGUUCUGUUUAUGUGCCAAUGUGCACAGAGAAGAUCAACAUCCCCAUUGGCCCAUGUGGUGGCAUGUGUCUUUCAGUCAAGAGGCGCUGUGAACCCGUCCUUAAGGAAUUUGGAUUUGCCUGGCCAGAGAGUCUGAACUGCAGCAAAUUCCCACCGCAGAAUGACCACAACCACAUGUGCAUGGAAGGGCCAGGUGAUGAAGAGGUGCCCUUACCUCAUAAAACCCCCAUCCAGCCUGGGGAAGAGUGUCACUCUGUGGGAACCAAUUCUGAUCAGUACAUCUGGGUGAAAAGAAGCCUGAACUGUGUUCUCAAGUGUGGCUAUGAUGCUGGCUUAUACAGCCGCCCAGCCAAGGAGUUCACCGAUAUCUGGAUGGCUGUGUGGGCCAGCCUGUGCUUCAUCUCCACUGCCUUCACAGUACUGACCUUCCUGAUCGAUUCUUCUAGGUUUUCCUACCCUGAGCGCCCCAUCAUAUUUCUCAGUAUGUGCUAUAAUAUUUAUAGCAUUGCUUAUAUUGUCAGGCUGACUGUAGGCCGGGAAAGGAUAUCCUGUGAUUUUGAAGAGGCAGCAGAACCCGUUCUCAUCCAAGAAGGACUUAAGAACACAGGAUGUGCAAUAAUUUUCUUGCUGAUGUACUUUUUUGGAAUGGCCAGCUCCAUUUGGUGGGUUAUUCUGACACUCACUUGGUUUUUGGCAGCAGGACUCAAAUGGGGUCAUGAAGCCAUCGAAAUGCACAGCUCUUAUUUCCACAUUGCGGCCUGGGCCAUCCCCGCAGUGAAAACCAUUGUUAUCUUGAUUAUGAGACUGGUGGAUGCAGAUGAACUGACUGGCCUGUGCUAUGUUGGAAACCAAAAUCUCGAUGCCCUCACCGGGUUCGUGGUGGCUCCCCUCUUUACUUAUUUGGUGAUUGGAACUUUGUUCAUUGCUGCAGGUUUGGUGGCUUUGUUCAAAAUUCGGUCAAAUCUCCAAAAGGAUGGGACAAAGACAGACAAAUUAGAAAGACUGAUGGUCAAGAUUGGGGUCUUCUCAGUCCUGUACACAGUUCCUGCAACAUGUGUGAUUGCCUGUUAUUUUUAUGAAAUCUCCAAUUGGGCACUCUUUCGGUAUUCUGCAGAUGAUUCCAACAUGGCUGUUGAAAUGUUAAAAAUUUUUAUGUCUUUGCUGGUGGGCAUCACUUCAGGCAUGUGGAUUUGGUCUGCCAAAACUCUUCACACGUGGCAGAAGUGUUCCAACAGAUUGGUGAAUUCUGGAAAGGUAAAGAGAGAGAAGAGAGGAAAUGGUUGGGUGAAGCCUGGGAAAGGUAGUGAGACUGUGGUAUAAGACUAGCCAGCCUCCAAGGUUUCUUCAUUUUGAAGGAGGGGGGAAUGCCAGCAUUUUGGUGGAAAUUCUGCUAAAAGUUGUAUGCAGUGAAUCUCAUACAAACUAGCAACAAUUAAGUGACUCCCAUCAACCCACUGCCUCCCAUCCUGACCCCAGCAUCAAAACAAAACAAAACA